UCCAAGGCUGGGACAGAAAUCAUGCCCGUGACUCUGGGUUAUUGGGAUAUCCGUGGACUGGGCCACGCCAUCCGCCUGCUCCUGGAAUACACAGAGACAAGCUAUGAAGAGAAGAGAUACACCAUGGGCGACGCUCCUGAUUAUGACCGGAGCCAGUGGCUGAAUGAGAAGUUCAAGCUGGGCCUGGACUUCCCCAAUCUGCCCUACUUAAUUGAUGGGCCCCACAAGGUCACCCAGAGCAACGCCAUCCUGCGCUACCUUGGCCGCAAGCACAACCUGUGUGGGGAGACAGAGGAGGAGAGGAUUCGUGUGGACAUUGUGGAGAAACAGGUUAUGGACACCCGCAUUCAGAUGGGCACACUCUGUUACAGCCCUGACUUUGAGAAACGGAAGCCAGAGUUCUUGAAGGGCCUCCCAGAUCACUUGAAGCUCUACUCAGAGUUCCUGGGCAAGCGGGCAUGGUUUGCAGGGGACAAGGUCACCUUUGCAGAUUUCCUCGUCUAUGAUGUCCUUGACCAGCACCAAAUGUUUGAGCCCAAGUGCCUGGAUGCAUUUCCAAACCUGAAGGACUUUGUAGCCCGCUUUGAGGGCCUGAAGAAAAUCUCUGCCUACAUGAAGACCAACCGCUUCCUCCCAAGCCCUGUGUACUUAAAACAGGCCACGUGGGGUAACAAGUAGGACCCUGCACUGCUGGUACUGGUAGGGAAGACCUGUCAGUGCCCCCAGCAUCCUGGACACUGACUAGGCUGCAACUAGCUUCCAGUAACUUCUUUCCCUCCCAUUUCCCCCUCCGUCUUUUCAUACCCUUUCCCCUGUUUUUCACUCAAGCCUCCUUCUUGGCAAAGUCCCUUUCUUCCCUUGUUUCUGUCAUGUUUCUUCUCAGACAACCUCACUGUGCUUUGAGCAACUCAUUUGAUGCCUUUACCCACCCCCCACUGUUGCGGAAAGAUCUAUACUGCCUGGAAUGCAGGCUCGGUCUCCAGAGUGGGAUAGCCCAGCCUCGAUUGAUCUCCAGUAAAGUAUGAGCCACA